UUCCUUGUUUAGCACCUCUUUCGUCCUAAAAGGUGACGCGGCUCACAACCAAGCGAUGGUGCAUUGGACGGGCGACAAUAGCAGCGUAAUUCUGAUCCUUACCAAGUAUUACCACACUGAUAUGGGCAAAGUGUUGGAGAGUUCUUUGUGGAGGUCAUCAGAUUUUGGAACAUUAUAUACUAAACUAAACUUACAGCCUGGAAUUAUUACAGUCAUCGAAAAUUUCUACAUCUGUCCUGUUAACAAGAAGAAGAUAAUUCUUGUAAGUUCUUCCCACAAUGACCUGGACCAGAAUCUUUUUAUUAGUACAGAUGAAGGUGCUACUUUUCAAAAACAGCCCAUUAGUUUUUUUGUGGAAACACUGAUAUUUCAUCCAAAACAGGAAGAUAAAGUGCUUGCUUACACCAAGGAGGAACAGCUUUAUGCAUCUCUUGAUCUGGGAAUAAAAUGGACUCACAUACAAGAUCACGUGUCAAAAGAUCAUAUUUAUUGGGCUGUUGAUGGAGUUGAUGAAGAUCCUGAUUUGGUUCAUAUGGAAGUCGAAGAUCCAAACGGAGAUUUUUACUACAUGACCUGUCGGUUUCAGAAUUGUUCUGAAAAAUCACUGAAAUCUCCCUUCAACGGUAGGAUUGACAAGAAUUCCUUGACAGUACAGGAUGACUAUAUAUUCCUUCAGGUGUCUUCAGGAAACCAAACAAAAUACUAUGUUUCUUAUCGUCGGAAUGAAUUUAUACAGAUGAAAUUGCCAAAGUACGCUUUACCCAAGGAUUUACAGAUUAUCAGCACUGAUGAGAGCCAGGUGUUUAUAGCUAUCCAGGAAUGGUAUCAGAUUGACACAUAUAACCUCUACCAGUCUGACCCACAAGGCGUUUCUUAUUCCAUUGCAUUAGAAAAUGUCAGGAGUACCAAACAACCUGAGGAAAAUGUUUUAAUAGAUAUUUUGGAGGUUAAAGGUGUCAAAGGAGUGUUUUUGGCUAAUCAGAAAAUAAAUGGAAAAGUUACCACUCUUAUAACAUUUAAUAAAGGCCGUAACUGGGAUUAUCUCAUACCCCCAGCUACUGAUAUGAAUGGGAAACCAACUGUCUGCAAACCACCUGAUUGCCAUCUUAAUCUUCAUCUGCGCUGGCCAGAUAAUCCAUAUGUGUCAGGGAUGGUUCAUACUAAGGAUACAGCACCAGGACUCAUAAUGGGGGCAGGAAAUCUGGGUGCCCAGCUUGUAGAAUACAAAGAAGAAAUGUAUAUAACAUCUGAUUGUGGCAAAACAUGGAGACAGGUUUUUGAAGAGGAGCAUCAUAUCUUAUAUUUGGAUCAUGGUGGUGUGAUUGUGGCCAUCAAAGAUACAUCUAUUCCUCUGAAAAUACUCAAAUUCAGUGUAGAUGAAGGUCAAACUUGGAGCACGCAUAAUUUCACAAGUAUUUCUGUGUAUGUGGAUGGCCUACUUAGCGAACCUGGGGAUGAGACUUUAGUCAUGACGGUGUUUGGACAUAUCAGCUACCAGUCAGACUGGGAGCUAGUGAAGGUAGAUUUCCGCCCAUCUUUUCCCCGUGAAUGCACUGAUGAAGACUAUGAAUCAUGGGACCUGACAAAUCUGCAGGGUGACCAUUGCAUAAUGGGCCAGCAGAGAACCUUUCGACGGAGGAAGAAUUCAUCAUGGUGUAUUAAAGGAAAAAACUUUAUGUCAGCACUUUCUUCUAAAGUUUGUGAAUGUAGUUCUUCUGAUUUCUUAUGUGAUUAUGGAUUUGAACGUUCACUAUCAAAAUCAGAGCCUAACAUGUGCUUUGCUGACUUUUGGUUUAAUCCUAAAGUCCCUGCUGAAGACUGUAUCAUAGGAAAGUCCUUUAAAAGUAGCACAGGAUAUCGUAAAGUUGUAUCUAAUAUAUGUAAAGGAGGUGUGGAUUUACAAAAAAAUUCUUCUCAGCAUGUGUGUCCACUAACUGCUCCCAAAGGAUUGCAGAUCAGCAUUAAAGGGGAAAGCCUAGCCAUUAAGCCCGGAGAAUAUGUCACCUUUAUUGUCAAACAAAAUCAGGGUGAUACUUUAAACACCAAGUACCAAGUGAACUUUGGAGAUGGCAUUAAGGCAAAUUAUAUAAACCUGACACUAACAGGUGAAACAUUUCAACACCAUUAUGAAAAUCCUGGAGUUUAUCAUGUUUCUGUGGUGGCCAAGAAUGCUGCAGGUCAAGAUGAAGCUGUCAUAUUUAUUCAGGUUCAUCCUCCACUGCAGGCUUUACAUCUUGAAGUAGUUCCUGCCGUUGGCAGAAACCAGGAGGUGAAUUUGACAGCCAUUAUCUUGCCAAGGAACUCUAACUUUACACUUUUUUCCUGGUGGAUUGGAAACAUUAUUCAGCCAGUUCUUUCAUUGGAAAAUUUCUUGAUAACCAGCUUUGCUGAAGCAGGCAAAGUCAGAGUUACAGUUCAAGCUUCUUGUGGAAAUUCUAUGCUUCAAGAUUCCAAGAUUAUCCAGGUUUUGGAUCAUUAUCAAGUACUUCCAUUAAGGUUUUCUGAACAUCUAGAUUUAUACAACCCAAACAUACCUGCUUGGCGGGAGGAUGUUGGUCAUGUUGUAACACAACGGAUUGCCCAGGAAACGUGUUUACCUGAAGAAAGUCUUAUGACAGUAAUAAAACCUGGGCUACCCACCACUGCUGACUUUUAUGUGCUUUUGUCUACAAACCACCCUGAAGGAAAGAAAAAUGUAUUUAAUGAUAAGCGGUUAGCUGCUAUUAAACAAUCUCUGAAUGCCCAAAACAUCAGUUUCUUUAUGAGAGGAGGAAAACGGGUCCUUGUGGCAUUAGGUAGUUCUGAUUCAGAUUCUCAGAGCUUCAGAGGAAGUAAUGGGUACUGGGUGAUAAUGGCUCUCUUUGUCAUUUCACUAGUGGUUAUAGGAGCCAUUAUCCUCUACAAAUUUAAAAGGAAAUUACCAGGGAGAAAUGUCUAUGCUCAGAUGCAAAAUGAAAAAGAACAAGAGAUGACCAGCCCUGUAAACCACAGAGAGGAUACCCAAAAUACCCAGGGGGAGGAAUUCAUUGAUGAUGAUCUUGAUUGUCAAACUCUGGGAAAUGCAAGAGGCAUGGUUCUGAGCAUUAGUUCCAGAGAAAUGCACAGUGACCUGAUUAGCUGAUACAACUCAACCUGUAUUCAAGAAUCUUCUACUGUGGGUCCCUUCUUUCCUCUCUGAAGAUUUCACUGCUAAUGGGAAGGAGACUGUCUCGAAGAUACAACAGCCAUGUGUUAUUUGGAAAACACAAUAAUACGCUUAAUACGUGUUCAUGGCUGCUGACAUCAGACUAAGAUAGCAGAUCUGUAGCCCUAGGCAUGUUUGCAACCACUUUGUCUGUCUCUGGGUCCCUUAGCUUAUUUAUGUUCACGUAAUCAAACUCAUUUCAGACUAUGUUCACUAUGGUGACAUCAGGCUGCCAUUCUUAAGGCAUGAGGGUUAGUUUUAAAAUAGUCGAAACAGAAAUGGGUGAAUAUUUGGGAUUUUUUUCAACAAGUUGGGAUUGAUAUGGUAAAUUUCAGAAGGGAUGCAUUGAAGAGACAGGGUGACCGGUCAUUGGCAUAACUCUUCAGGCCCACUGGGGAUCUAGAUAACAUCUUCCUUCUGUUUCAGAAUAU